GUUAUUUAUACCACUCUAUGGUAAGAAGACAGUGAUAUGGAUAACAUCAAGGCACGCUCCAACUACGUCAUGUACGUUGUCACUAAUACUAGUGCGCGAUGCGAUAGUCAGUGCAAAAUCGUCAUCAGGAAGCUUCCACUCCAUCUCAACCGGACGUUGUCUAGUUUCCUCUCCAUCACUUCCAUCUUAUUCUGUGACUCUCUAAUCCAAUUCAAAGAUGUCUACCUACAAACUGACGUAUUUCGAUGCCCGUGCCAAAGGGGAACCUGCCCGGAUGCUUUUCGAACUAACUGGACAGAAGUAUGAAGAUAUUCGGUAUGAUUUCGAGGGACAGGAGUGGCCACAGAUCAAAGGGGACAGGAAAAGGUUCCCCCUUGGUCAGCUACCCGUGUUGGAUGUAGACGGCAAGCUCCUGUUCCAAAGCAGGGCUAUUUACCGCUUUCUAGCUCGUCGCUUUCCAGGUGAUUACUAUGGAAAGAACGAUGAUGAACGUACCCAGAUGGAUGUUUUUAUGGGAAUAGUAGCGGACAUCGAGAUCGCAGUCCUGCCAGCUUUCGAAACACCAGACGCUGCUAAAAGAGAAGCAGACCUCGUCAAGGUUAGGGACAGUACUCUGAAGCCUUCAUAUGAGUUCUUCUCUCAAUCUCUUCAGAAAGCAGGAGGAAAAUACUUCAUCGGAAACAGGAUGACGUUAGCCGAUCUGAUCAUCUUCAAUCUCAUCGAUUUCUUCCUGGACAGCAGUGUUGGUCUGAAGACAUAUUUUGACCCUUACCCAGACCUGGUCAAGUACUACGAAACAAUCAAGAAUGACUCUCCUCUCACCGGAUAUCUUAAAACAAGAAAAUACACCCCUUAUUAAAUCACAAUUGAAUAAUCAGUACACUGCAAAAACUCUGGUGUUCAUUUAACACCAGCCCGGAAUCUACAAUAGUGUUAAACAACACCAGUUUCG